GGCUCGUUUGCAUGAGAAGGGCUACAAGUUCAGCGAGGGAGCUCUCACGUACGUUUGGGCGAGAGCAGCCGGCGCCGGCACCGGCAGCCGGUUGCCAGUUCCUCUGACUCGCAUUCCGCAAGAUUCCUUUUCCCUCUCCCCUCGUUUCCCUCUCCUCCAUCUCUUCUCACUUGGCCCUCCACCACCCGACUUAGUCUUGCUCCGAGACCUCACGUUGUCACCGGCUCUCCUCACUCUCAUCGCUAAACUACACACCAUCAAAGACGCCUACAAGGCUCAUCACAAUGUCCAAGCAGCCUACGGUGUGGGAUCAUGACGCGCAUCUUGCGCUGCUGCAGGCCUUGAUCGCCGAAGCACCUCCCACGAAUGCCGAAUGGGACAGGGUCGUGGAGCGUGUGGCCCAGAAAGGCUACCACUAUACGGCAAGCGCCGCCAUGUAAAUUUCCCUCUUCCAUUUCCCUUUCCCUUUUCCCUUUUCCACACUCUGCACUUUCUCUCCCACCUCAACUUUCUCCCAAAGUUCAAGAGGCCCUUGUGAUCGCGAAACAAACUUCCUCAGCCCACAUCCACCACCCAUCUCAGGCAGACAAGAUGUCAGACCGCAUGACUUGGGACCUUCGCGCGGACCACGCUCUGCUCAGGUCCAUAUUGAGAGAAGUCCCGCCUUCGCAGGACCUGUUGCGACCCGUCAUGAGACACAUGCAUGAAGAGGGCUACAAUUGCUCAGUCAAAGCCAUCUCGUACUAAUCUCCUUGCCUUGCUUCUCAUUUUUACGCGUCGAUUUUCAUUCCAUUCCAGCAGUGAAUAAACGGCAUCGCUAACUGUUUUCCUUCUCCC